AUGUUUCCUCCAAUAAUGGUUUAUACAUGGUCAUUUACUGCAGCUACACCUUCUUUUCGUUGUCGAACACCAAUGGAUGAUAUAUCGGAAGUUUCAAUAACUGAUAAAAUUCUACAGAAUUAUAAACCAAGUGAAUCUCAAUGUGAUCAAUAUCAAAAGCAAAUAUCUUUAAGUGAAUGUCAAAGAUGUUUUCAACUAACUAAUGAAACUUAUUAUAAUGAUACACAUAUGAAACCUUGUACUAAUUUUAUUUUUGAUCGAACAUAUUAUCAAUCAACACUUGUUGAAGAGUGGUAUAUGGUUUGUAAUCGAAUAUCUCUUAAAAGUUUUGUUCAAAUUGUUUUUUUCUUUGGUUAUAUGGUUGGUUCACUUGUAUUUGGUAUUCUAUCUGAUAAAUUUGGUCGACGACCUAUAAUGGGUGUUUCAUUUGUUUUAAUAACUAUUGCAAGUUUUAUGUGUGCAUUUGCACCUCAUCCAAAACUUGGAUUUGAAAUAAGUUAUGCAUUUUUUGUACUCGGUCGAUUUUUACUUGCUUGUGCAACACGUGGUGUUGCUCUUACAGGUUUUGUUAUUGGUUCUGAAAUUGUUGGACCAAAACAACGUUUAUUUACUGGCAUUGUUAUUGAAUAUUUCUUUGCUGGUGGUGAAUUAAUUCUUUUAGGAUUUGCUUAUUUUAUUCGAACAUGGCGAUUAUUAAAUACAGCUUUAGCUAUAUUAUCAAUACCAUUUCUUUUCUUUUAUUUUAUACUUCCAGAAAGUCCACGUUGGCUUAUUUCGAAAGGACAUUAUAAUCAUGCAGAAAGAGUUCUUCGUCGAAUAGCUAAAACAAAUGGAAGUUUUUUUGAUUCAAUAGCAUAUGAUGAUUUAAUCAAUGAAGAAAAAAAAAGAGAAGCAUUAUAUCCAAAGAAAUCUCAUGGUUUAAGAAGUUUAUUUCAAUCAAAAAUUAUGAUUAUCAUCGCAAUUAAUAUGUCAUUUCAAUGGUUUGUACAAAAUCUUGUUUUCUAUGGUGUUUCACAAAAUACUGGUGCAUGGUUAACUGAUCCAUAUAUAGCAUUUUUGGCAGGUGCUUUAGUAGAAAUAGUUGCCUAUUUUGUUGUUCAUCUUGUACUUAAUCGAUGGGGUCGUAAAUUAGUCUAUUGUAUAUUUGUACUCUUAUUUGGACUUUUUUCAUUCUUUGUUGUACCUAUUCAAAUGUUUAUGCUAAAAAAUAGUCAAGAACAAUAUAUUCUUAUGUUUAUAAUAAAUGUUGUAUUAAAAUUUCUUGCAUCUGGAUCUUAUGCUAUUAUAUACAUAUAUGCAAAUGAAUUAUUUCCUACACAAGGACGAAAUACAGGAAUUGGACUGUGUUCAAUGGUUGCACGUUUUGGAGCUAUUAUUGGAACAUUAUCAAAUGAUCUUUUAGCUCGAGUAUGGAUUCAUUUUCCAAUUGUUGUCUUUGGUACAACAUCUCUUAUUGCUGUAGUUUUUGCAACAAUAUGUCCAGAAACAAUGAAUAAACCAUUACCUGAAACAAUUCAUGAUGUUGAUCGAAUGGGUCUUACUUGGCCAUGUUGGAAACCAAAAACAUUGAUAUGUGAAGAUAUGAAUGGUAUGGCUGAUAGUGAUGAACAUGUAUCAUUAAAAAAUCAACUCAAAGAAAAUGAUAGUUUUUAA